CAGGGCUGAGUGGGUCUGAACUCCCAUCAAGCGCGCCAAGGCGGACCCCUGGACGCAUUAUAGCGCAAGCUCCAAACUGUCCUCUCCAAAAGCCGUGCUUGUCCACUCCAAACUGGUGAGAGGCAGCACCACAACACAACCAAGGCCACCAUGUCGGCCGAUCCGCUUCAGGUUCUCGCCAGCGCGGGGAAGGGCAAGAGUACUCGCAGUUUAUUGCGAGUCAUCAUCCUCGCCCUCAUCGUUGCCGCCGCAACUGCAAGUCGUCUAUUCUCGGUGAUUCGUACGUGGCCCUUCCCAAGCUUGGUGACGGGGGCAAUCCUUGGGUAUUUCAGAGCUCAAGACUGCCAUGCUCGUGAUCCUGCAGCAGUCCAAUGUCCCUGGGUUUUUGUUUUCAGAGCUCCUUUUCUGCUAACCCGAUCUUGUUAUUUGCAGGAUUCGAGAGUAUCAUCCACGAAUUCGACCCUUGGUUCAACUUCCGCGCCACCAAAUACCUUGUCGCGAAUGGUUUCUACAAUUUCUGGGACUGGUUCGACGACCGAACAUGGCACCCCCUGGGCCGUGUCACAGGCGGUACCCUCUACCCUGGUCUCAUGGUGACGAGCGGCGUCAUUUACCAUGCCCUCCGAGCCCUCACGAUCCCCGUCGACAUCCGGAAUGUCUGCGUUCUCCUGGCGCCCGGCUUCUCGGGUCUUACCGCUAUCGCCGCCUAUCUGCUUACGAAUGAGAUGACACCGUCGCCGUCUGCCGGACUUCUCGCUGCCCUGUUUAUGGGGAUUGCGCCUGGCUACAUCUCUCGAUCGGUUGCGGGGAGCUACGACAACGAGGCCAUCGCCAUUUUCUUACUCGUAUUCACCUUCUACCUCUGGAUCAAGGCGCUCAAGCAGGGGUCCAUGCUGUGGGGUGCUCUCUGCGCCCUCUUCUACGGCUACAUGGUUGCCUCCUGGGGUGGUUACGCCUUCAUUACAUGCCUUUUGCCCCUGCAUGCCUUCGUCCUCGUCUGCAUGGGCCGCUACAGCACUCGGCUCUAUGUCGCCUACACCACCUGGUAUGCGCUAGGCACGCUGGCUAGCAUGCAAAUUCCCUUCGUUGGGUUCCUCCCAGUUAAGACCAGCGAGCACAUGCCUGCCUUGGGCAUCUUCGGCUUCCUGCAGCUUCUCGCAUUCCUUGACUAUGUCCGUUCGGCAAUUCCGAGCCGCCAAUUCCAGACAUUCCUCUGGCUCUUCGCCGGCGCAGCAUUCGGACUAGGAUUGCUGGGCUUGGUCAUUGCCACCAGCGCAGGCUUCAUUGCCCCAUGGAGCGGUCGCUUCUAUUCGCUCUUCGAUACCGGCUACGCCAAGAUCCAUAUCCCCAUCAUCGCCUCCGUGUCGGAGCACCAGCCCACGGCGUGGCCAGCCUUCUUUUUUGACCUCAACAUGUUGAUCUGGCUGUUCCCUGUUGGCGUCUACCUUUGCUUCCAGCAGCUUGCCGACGAGCAUGUUUUCAUCGUCGUCUAUGCCUUGUUUGGAAGCUACUUUGCCGGUGUCAUGGUCCGUCUCAUGCUCACGCUCACGCCGGUGGUCUGCAUUGCCGCUGCGAUUGCCGUCUCGGCGCUUCUCGACACCUACCUCAGCGUUAAAUCGCCCAAACCCGAGGAGAACCAGGCCGUGGAGGGUGCCGAAGGGAAGAAGGCGGCAAAAUCCGGCCUCAAGGCGACCAACAAGCCAGUGGUGGGCGUGUACACUACUUGGGGCAAGGGCAUGAUAGUCAGCGCCCUUGCGGUCUACCUUCUGCUGUUCGUCCUGCACUGCACAUGGGUGACGUCGAAUGCCUAUUCGUCCCCCUCGGUUGUCUUGGCCAGCAGACUGCCCGAUGGGAGCCAGCACAUUAUUGAUGACUACCGCGAGGCUUACCAGUGGCUGCGCCAGAACACGCGCGAGGAUGCCAAGAUCAUGUCGUGGUGGGAUUACGGCUACCAGAUUGGUGGCAUGGCUGACCGUCCAACACUCGUCGACAACAACACGUGGAACAACACGCACAUUGCGACGGUGGGCAAGGCCAUGAGCUCGAGCGAGGAGGUCAGCUACCCGAUCAUGCGCCAGCACGAGGUGGACUAUGUUCUGGUUGUCUUUGGUGGUCUCCUGGGCUACUCUGGUGACGAUAUCAACAAGUUCUUGUGGAUGGUUCGCAUCGCCGAGGGCAUCUGGCCCGAGGAGGUCAGUGAGCGCGCCUUCUUUACCCCUCGGGGUGAGUAUCGCGUCGAUGGCGAAGCCACCGAGACCAUGAAGAACAGCUUGAUGUACAAGAUGUCUUACUAUAACUACAACAACCUCUUCCCCGCCGGGCAAGCGGUGGAUCGCAUGCGGGGCGCCCGACUUCCUGAGGUCGGACCUACCCUUAGUACAUUGGAGGAGGCAUUCACGAGCGAGAACUGGAUCAUCCGGAUCUACAAGGUCAAGGAUCUCGACAACCUUGGCCGCGACCACUCAUCAGCGGCCGCCUUUGAGCGGGGCCACAAGAAGAAGAAGGUCACGAAGAAGAGAGGGCCGCGGGUCCUCCGGGUGGACUAAGAGGCCUCAAUCACCCAGAGCAAACGCUAUGUAUAAAGAAGUAUGUUAGAGUUGAUUUCCUUGUCUCUUCUCUUGCAAUAUAUGGUCCGGGAAAAUGAGCUGGGUUUGCAGGUUACAGCAAAAGCACGUUGAUUGAAGUCCAUUGU